UUGCAACGGGCCCUCCAUGGGCCCUUCAUCUUCAAGAUCAAAACAAAAGCAUCAAUCAACACGAACAUCCAUACUGUCUUGCAACCCGGCCGCAUCAAUUAUAGUAUUGAUACCGUCAGAGAAACUUCAUUUCUACUGAGCCGAGGAGGUGUAGAGAGGGGAGCAAGAGUGCCUGUCAUUCCGCAAUGGGAUUCUGGCAUGGAGAGCGGGGACAGCGAGGGGAGAGGCGGAAACGCAAGAUUGAAGUGGAUGAAACUGACCACCCGGAGCCAGCUGAGAAACUUGGCAAGUUCGUAGCGGCUCGAGGGGAGACAAUCACACAUAUGGAAAGAUGGAAGGCCGACUCUCGUCAGAGUGAAGGAAGGAUGAGAAAUGACAACUACCUGCAACUUACCAGGGAACAAGGAAACCAGAUUGGCGAUGACCUUGCAUUCGGAAACAACUCGUACGUCGCGUCCGGAUCUGCAUUUCUCCAGGAAGCCGAUCUUGUAGCUUUUGUCGCCGGCACGGUGGAAGUGGACCAGGGUAAGGUUGAUGCCAAAAUCAAGCAGAUUGGGGCAAAUGUGACGCCUCGUCGGGACCACUUGGAAGUCGGCGUAGAUGGGUUUCCCAAGACCAUGGCAGAUGUCGAGAAGGAUUGCUUGCGACCCAUGAAGAAGAAGAAGGGCCAUGAUUCCCAUCCCUGUGGUAGGGACGACAAGGCAGCCGGCGAUGUCCCCCAAAAAGCCCAGCAUCUGCAUCAACUAUCCCACCACACAAUAUCCGACGGCGCAGAGAAAUCCGUAUGCUUCCACCGCCCACCAGGUGUUGCCCAGGGAGGGAGGACUGGUAACAACGUCGAAGGCGCUCUUCUUCAUCAGCGGGACGUCCAGGUGUCAGUCGAGAAAGAGGAUCGAUAUGGCUAUCAGCAUCCUCACUGGCAGCAUAAUUGGGCGGUCGAGACUGGGAACAACAGUUGCCCCGAGUACCUGGAUGCCGUGGAAAGGAAUGUUGCAGGCCAUCAAGUCUGGCGGGAUGCUUGGGAAAGAAUGAAGGAGGACGACGUGCAGAGAACCAAGACUCGACGACAGAGGAGCGGGUGCCCGUCGCCGGAACUCCCCGAGGAGCCGCCUCGAUGCUCCCCCAACGCUUCUUCGACGUCGUCGGACACUGUUGUCGUUGAACAUGUCGAAGUCGUCGAUGGCCCAGUGGUCUCAGUCACGGCGUCUUCCAAGAACUCAGACAGCAAUGGUUCUUCAGUAGCAUCAGACGCUGUCUACCGCUCAACAGAAUGCUCCUCGUCGUCGGACACGACCGCGAUAGACGACGCGCCUUCGAAGACGGCAGGCCGUCCUCGACGAAAGCCCAAGCAUCGCCGCACAUUCAGCUCUGAUUCAGGCGACAAUAAUGACGAGCUCGAUUGGUCUGUCUUGACGCCCAAGAAGAAACAGAGAAGAGCGCCACCUUCUCGGCGAGCACGGGCGGAGUGAUGGUCGAAUUGGCCUAGAAUCUCUUCAGGAAUACUGAGUCCCGGAUACAGUCUUCCACCACGAGCCACGAAAGGGCUGCCUCUACCUGCUCGUCAGCAUACCUCUGUAUCCUUUUCGAGUCUCGACCUCAUUCCCCCUUUUCCAUUCCUUCUAUUUGUCGAGCGCGCGAUGGAUUGGAUUACCUAUGAUUUUGCGUGAGACCAUGACUAGCAGGGGAGAUUACGGUGUUCGGC